AUGUCAUCCGCCAUCUUGCUCUCAAAAAAUCAGAGACAGAAUGCUUUGGAAGUUUUCGUGGGAUCCAGGACAUUCUCGGUAUGCAACUCACGUCGACUAUCAAUACAAAGUUCCAAUAUUUCAUCAUUGAGUCAAUCUGGUGCAACACAUCUACGGGCAAUAUAUGCUUUUGCGAGUUCCAUUGAUAUUGAAUUGCUAAGGCCUGUCCUUGCAUCUUCAAACUUGCUGUCGGCUUUGGAUCUGCAAGGUACUCAAAUCAAAAUGUUGCCUGAUGAGGUAUUCAAUUUGUUCAAUCUAAGGUUUCUGGGUCUUAGAUUUACUGCAAUUGAGGUGCUACCUGAUACAAUAGGAAGACUGAAAAACUUAGAAGUGCUGGAUGCAAUCACUACUUCUCUGCAAUCUUUACCAAACUCUGUAGAAAAACUGAAGAAGCUUAGGUUUCUGUACGCAGGAGCAAUGGUUGGAGAAGGGCCUUCGACGAAUUUUAGUGGAAUUAGGUUGCCUAGAGGCAUAAGGAAUUUGACCAGCCUGCAUGUUCUGCAAGAGGUUAAAGCAAGCAUUGAGACACUUCAUGAUGUUGCUGCUUUGACAGAGUUGAGAACAUUUUCAGUUUGCAAUGUGCUAAGUGAGCAUGCUUCCAGCUUGUGUAGUGCUAUAACCAACAUGGGUCAUCUUACAAAACUAUCCAUUGAUGCAUCAAACGAAAAUGAAGUACUACCAUUAGAAGCACUCAGUUUACCAGAGACAUUUACUAAACUUGGACUGCUAGGGCAACUGGAAAACAACUUGUUGCCUCGGAGUCUCUCUUCCUGGUCGCACCUUAACAACCUUAAGCAGUUGUUUCUGAGAUUCUCCAGACUGGAUGAAGACUCAUUUUCUAGCCUGAAGGUGUUACACGGUUUACAGUGUCUUAUGCUUAAUAAGGCUUAUAAUGGAAAGACAAUGUACCUCCCUUCACAAGCGUUUCCUAGACUGCGAGUGCUAAGAAUAUGGGGUGCUCCGCAGAUCAACCAAAUCAUAAUAGAAGAAGGUGCACUGGCAAGCCUUGUUGAGUUAGUGUUAUCAGACUGCCAAAACAUGAAGUGCCUGCCUCAGGGCAUUGAGUAUCUUAGAACCCUUGAGGAAUUAUACUUGGAAGACACUGCAGAGGAGCUUGUAGAGAAGCUUAGGGAUGGAUGUAAAGAAAAUCCCUGGAACAAAGAACUUCAGAAAAUUAUGCACAUCAGAAAGGUCUUUGUUAAAUUAACUAAGUAA